CUAGUACCUCUUAAUUCCUUGUUCAUUUUGUGAUCAUGUUGCACUCUCUACUCGAUCAUCGAUAACACUUGUCGAACGUGUCCAUCAUAGGCACUUCUAAUCAUUCCUCACAAUGAACGUAGCGAAGUCCUCGCUCGUGCGGCGAGCCGCUGCAACCCGCACAUUUUCCACGCCUGCAUCUCGUCGGAUACCUCCCUUACUAGCCUCGGACAUUAGGUCCUCUUUACUCUCGCGAUCAGUCAUACCAUCAAUUACGCAUCCUUUGGCCUCUUCCGUCAGAACAUACGCCAAUGGCAGACCGCAUCCCCCGGGCGGCACACAUAGGAUGAACAUGGGAGGGGAACCAGAAAAGUCUGCCUUAGAGGAAUACGGUGUCGAUCUGACAGCUCGUGCCAAAGAUGGGAAGCUUGAUCCGGUCAUUGGAAGAGAUGGAGAGAUCCACCGAACAAUCCAGAUCCUGUCUCGGCGGACGAAGAACAAUCCCGUCUUGAUUGGUGCCGCAGGCACAGGUAAAACUGCCAUCCUCGAAGGUCUUGCACAACGGAUAGUGAGAGGGGAUGUGCCUGAAAGCAUCAAGAACAAGAGAGUCAUCUCGCUAGACUUGGGACAGUUGAUUGCUGGUGCCAAAUUCAGAGGUGAUUUCGAGGAAAGGCUAAAGCGAGUCUUGAAAGAGGUGGAAGAGGCACACGGCGGUGUCAUUCUCUUUGUCGACGAAUUGCACACUCUCCUCGGUCUGGGAAAGGCAGAAGGCUCCAUCGAUGCAAGUAAUCUUCUGAAGCCAGCGCUUUCCCGUGGCGAACUGCAAUGUUGUGGCGCCACGACUUUGAACGAGUAUCGCCAAAUCGAAAAGGAUGUUGCUCUAGCCCGACGCUUCCAGCCUAUCGUGGUCGGCGAACCAUCUGUCCAGGAUACCAUCUCCAUCUUAAGAGGCAUCAAAGACAGAUAUGAGGUUCACCACGGUGUCCGCAUUACCGACGGCGCUCUUGUAGCUGCCGCGACGUACAGCAACCGCUACAUCACCGACCGAUUUCUGCCAGACAAGGCUAUCGACCUAGUUGAUGAGGCUGCAUCUGCUUUGAGAUUGCAGCAAGAAUCCAAGCCUGACUCUAUCCAGAAACUCGACCGCGAGAUCAUGACCAUCCAAAUCGAGCUCGAAUCAUUACGAAAGGAGACUGACGUCGCUUCGAAGGAGCGUCGGCAAAAAUUGGAGGAGACGCUGGUGGAAAAGAGAAAGGAAGUCUAUCGCCUGACUGAGAUUUGGGAUCGCGAGAAAGCUGAGAUCGAGACCAUCAAGAAGACGAAAGAAGAGCUCGAGAAGGCUCGGCAUGAUCUGGAGCAGGCAAGACGUGAAGGUAACUUCGGACGCGCAGGAGAACUCCAGUACGCCACUAUUCCCAAACUCGAGGCUCAACUACCCAGGGAAGGCGAGGAAGUUCAUACGACCACCAAAGAUGGCGAAACUCUCAUUCACGACUCUGUGACCGCCGAUGAUAUCGCAAACGUGGUCAGCCGGACAACAGGUAUCCCAGUCACCAAACUUAUGGCUGGCGAAGUUGAAAAGCUCGUAAAGAUGGAGGACAAGUUGAGAGAGCAUGUUAGAGGACAAGAUGAGGCUCUCGCCGCCGUGGCCAAUGCUGUCCGUAUGCAGCGGGCCGGCUUGAACGAUGAGAACCGACCUCUGGCCAGUUUCAUGUUCCUCGGACCAACCGGUGUAGGCAAGACGGAACUCUGCAAACAAAUCGCCAACUUCCUUUUCAGCACGGAGACCGCAGUCGUCCGAUUCGACAUGUCUGAAUUCCAGGAGAAGCAUACCGUAUCUCGACUCAUCGGUGCGACCGCAGGGUACAUUGGCUACGAGGACGCAGGACAACUGACCGAGGCUGUACGACGGAAACCGUACGCCGUCCUGCUCUUUGACGAAUUCGAGAAAGCACAUCGCGACAUUUCGAGCUUGUUGCUGCAAGUCCUCGACGAAGGCUUUUUGACAGACAGCCAGGGCCACAAAGUCGAUUUCCGCAACACCCUGAUCGUCUUGACUAGCAAUCUGGGCGCCGAGAUAUUGAUGGGGUCCGGUGCCAACGUCGAGAACGUCACGCCAGAGCAGAAGAAAGGUGUCAUGGAAGUCGUCCAGGCAAGCUAUCCGCCCGAGUUCUUGAACCGAAUCGACGAGUUCAUCAUCUUCAACAAGCUUUCCAAGUCUGCGCUUCGGGACAUUGUCGACAUCCGUAUCAAAGAGCUCCAAGCCAGACUUGAUGACCGCAGAAUGAAGCUGGACAUCUCGGACAAUGUCAAAGACUGGCUCUGCGAAAAGGGGUACGAUCCGAGAUACGGUGCCAGACCACUGAACCGCCUGAUUCAGCAUGAGAUUGGCCGCAAACUGGCGGAUAGGAUCAUCCGCGGCGAGCUGAAAACCGGUGACCUUGCAAAAGUCGUCAUCUCGAAAGAUGGAGACGCACUUGACCUGGAGCCUGUGAAGACUGCUUGAGCACAAAACUUGGAUUUCAAGCAUUCCAAUUGUUCCUAUCGCCUCGCAUGUCCGACAGACACUAGUUAAGUCCUCAAACACGAACCCAAGAACUCGCGCCUCCCGUCCCAAGGUCAGAUUAGCCGCUUUCAUGCCGCUCUAGCGAUGUCAGCAACCUUCAUGGCCGUGUUUGAUAUCAACGAAGCCACUUAUUAACACGGUCUGUCACCUCCGAACGAUCUGUUCGCUCUCCUCGCGUCGACUUGUCUUGCGCCGCGAACCAGCGACCAAUUCGACUGCGAUUACUGGAAAAGAAUCGACGAAUUCAAGACUUUGUACUUACUUGGUUCAAAGACUCUGAACAUCUUUGCGACGAUCAAUAUGAUAUAUGACAGAAACUCAUGUCAGUAAAGGAAAAGGAACAUUGCAUAGGGUUUGGCGUUGCAGGUGGACUUUUCUUGGGCGUUGAUCACUUUAUUGUUGCAGCGAUACCCUCUCAGCUCUUACCUUCUCCACUGUACAGUUACUUUUUUUGGACAGUUGACCAUGUAUAUACUUCUAGCUCUCAUGCGGGAAAAUGUACAAAAAUUUGCACUGAACAUAUAUUUACUUACAUACUGUGUACACUCUACUUCUACAUACUGUAUCCAAAGUCCUUCUCUCGCG